ACAAGUGUAAGAAUACCGCGACGUUCUAAUGAAGCAUUCGAAGUAAAUUUACAAUCAUACCCUUGCACUGUCGUUGAAUACGAAAGACCAACUUUUGCACCAGAGGCACGUGGGAAAUUUAUUAACCAGUGCCUAGUGGUUCCCGCUCCAGUGAAGUAGUCUCGUUAACCGUUAUGGGCCUAAGCCCAAUCCAUAAAAUUAUUAAAAAAAAAAAAAAUGAUCAUGGAAGAAAAAAGCUUGUGAUUGUGAGACAUUUCAUCGAACACUUGGUGAUCAAUAUUUGAAAACGAAGAGCACAGCCAAAAUUCGAUAAACCCUAAGGAACAGUGAGAUGGAGAAGAAGAAAGCAAUGCAAAUUGAAGGUUACCCGAUCGAGGGAUUGUCGAUUGGUGGGCACGAGACGUGCAUCAUAUUUCCAUCUCUUCGGAUAGCUUUCGACAUUGGUCGUUGCCCACAUCGCGCAAUUUCUCAAGACUUCCUCUUCAUCUCUCACUCUCACAUGGAUCAUAUCGGUGGAUUACCAAUGUAUGUUGCUACUAGAGGCUUGUACAAAAUGAAGCCUCCAACGAUUAUAGUACCCGCAUCCAUUAAAGAAACUGUUGAGAGUUUAUUCGAAGUUCACAGAAAGUUAGAUUCUUCAGAGCUAAAGCACAAUCUUGUUGGCUUGGACAUAGGGGAGGAGUUUAUUAUAAGGAAAGAUCUCAAAGUCAAAGCCUUUAAGACAUUCCAUGUCAUCCAAAGCCAGGGUUAUGUAGUGUAUUCAACUAAAUAUAAACUCAAGAAGGAAUAUAUUGGCCUAUCUGGAAAUGAAAUUAAGAACUUGAAGGUUUCAGGUGUUGAGAUUACAGACAGCAUAAUAACUCCUGAAGUUGCUUUUACGGGAGAUACAACGUCGGAUUUUGUAGUUGAUGAAACUAAUGCUGAUGCUCUCAAGGCAAAGGUUCUCGUCAUGGAGAGCACAUUUCUUGAUGAUUCGGUAUCGGUAGAGCAUGCGAGAGAUUAUGGACAUAUCCAUAUAUCUGAGAUAGUAAAUCAUGCUGAAAAGUUUGAAAACAAAGCAAUCCUGCUAAUCCACUUUUCGGCUCGGUAUACAGUGAAGGAAAUCGAAGAUGCGGUUUCUGCAUUGCCUCCACCUUUAGAGGGACGUGUGUUUGCACUAACACAAGGAUUCUAAACAUUAUAACACUCUUAUAGGUUUUACAUACUUUUGUUUUUGUAUUCCACAUGUAAACAUUGUAUUCUGUUGUUAAUUUUAAGAUUUCUUCUAUCUCGAUAAAGAAUGAAGUGUGGAAGUAGAGAAUACAGACGAGCACACCAAUAUCAGAUAAAUUCAGAGGAAAUCUCAUGGGAUCCCAAAUCUUAUUAUUUCCCUGCAACAAGAUUGUUAUGUAAAUCAUUGGUUUUGAAAAUCAAUUUUCUGUGUAACAAGACCAUCUCCCAAGAUUGCUAUGUAAAUUAUUGACUGCA